AUGGCCUCUACGACGAACAACCCUGCUCCGGAGAAGGCUGCGAGCGUGAGCUCAAACUCACGGGACUCAAAGGAUCUCAAGACGACGCAAAGCCAUGGGGCAGAGGUAGAGAAGGGAACUGCUACUGGACUCGGUCACGAGUCCGAUACUGAGCUCAAGCUCAGGGUCCUAAACGACGCCAUGCAGAGCGUUGGGUUCGGAAAAUAUCACCUCCUUCCGGGUCUCCUCAUUCCGACCACACUCCCCGAGUUCUUCACGGUCGAUCCAUCGUAUCUUGUCAUCACCGUCUAUGCCGGCUUGUUCGUUGGAGCCGCCUUUUGGGGACUCAUGUCUGAUCUCUAUGGACGAGUGUGGCCAUUCAACCUCACCCUCAUUGUCGCCGGUGUGUUUGCCACGGCGGCAGGAGGUGCAAACACCUUCACCCAGCUUGCCGUUCUCAUCGGUCUUUUCGGCUUUGGUGCAGGAGAGUUCAUGCCGGCGUCGCAUAGCUACCUCCUCACAGCCUUGCAAACGUUCUGGAUCCUUGGUAACAUGUUCAUCGCUGGUUUGGCUUGGGCUUUUAUCCCCAAGCGAGCUUGCGACUUCAUCAAUCCUUGUACCAAGGAGGGGAACAUGGGAUGGAGGUAUAUGAUGUUCACCUUCGGAAGUGUUACCCUCCUCCUCGGUCUCGUCCGGUUCUUCGCGUUCCCUAUCCAUGAAAGCCCCAGGUACCUCCUCGCUCGAGGAAGGGACGAAGAGGCUGUCGCCGUGGUACAGGCCAUCGCUAAGUACAAUGGAGUCGAGUGCUCCUUGACCGUGGAGGACCUCAAGAAGGUUGGCAGCGGGCGUCCCGAAGAACCCGCCACAGUUGGACAGAAGUUUGGCUAUGUCUUCCAACGUAUUGUCGCGUUGUUCAAGCCGUUGAGGAUGGCUUUGUCGACCGUCAUUUUGAUUGUCCUCUGGAGUGCGAUCGGUCUUGCCACUACACUCUAUUACAGCUUCCUGCCCUACCUACUUUCUCUUCGCGCAGAGGAGUUUGGCGCCGGCACACCACUUGACAUCACUUAUCGUAACCAAUUUAUUAUCUCGACUUGCGGUCUCAUCGCCCCCUAUUUGGCCAGUUUGGCCGUUGAGAUCCCAUUCCUCGGACGCAGAGGGACCUUGGCCAUUGGCUGCGCUCUAUCCGGCACUUUCCUCUUGGCAAGCACCACUUCCAAGAACUCGAACGCUCUUCUCGGUUGGAACUGCGGUUACCAGUUUGGAAGCGCUGUCCUGUACAGCGUUCUGUACGCCUUCACCACCGAAGUCUUCCCCACCAAAAACCGAGGAACAGGAAACGCAAUUGUUUCCAUGUUCAUCCGUAUCUCUGGUGUCCUCGCACCGUUGCUCGUCUUGUAUUACCCAAUUGAAAGCACUGUCCCUGCCUACGUUGGUGGUGGACUUACCGUUGCUUGCUGCAUCCUUCCUCUCCUGGUUCCAUACGAGCCCAGAGGAAAGCCAACCAUCUAG